CAAACUGAGAGAUUGUGACAGUUGGUCAUAAUACAAAAUACAACAGUGGUCUGUCAUUUUGUUCAUAAAAUUUGGCAAAAUUUACACAGAAAAUGCUGCGCCAACCGCUGACUAAGGCGCUUGCAUUAAGCUCCUCAAGCCGCAUUGCACCCCUGGGAGUUCGAAGAUAUGCAGAGGCACUGACUCAAGCUGAAAAGGUUGAAGUAUUCAUUGAUGAUAAACCUGUUUAUGUGCCACCGGGCACCACAGUGUUACAAGCUGCAGCAUUGGUUGGUGUAGAAAUUCCUCGUUUCUGCUAUCAUGAGAGAUUGGCAGUUGCUGGAAACUGUCGUAUGUGUUUGGUUGAAGUGGAAAAAUCUCCUAAGCCUGUAGCAGCUUGUGCGAUGCCUGUCAUGAAGGGAAUGAGGGUCAAGACUACAUCUGACCUAACCAAGAAAGCUAGAGAGGGUGUUAUGGAGUUUCUUCUGGUUAAUCAUCCAUUAGAUUGUCCUAUUUGUGAUCAGGGAGGGGAAUGUGAUCUUCAAGAUCAGUCUAUGGCUUUUGGCUCUGACAAAAGUCGUUUCACUGACAUACAUUUUUCUGGGAAGAGGGCUGUUGAAGACAAAGAUGUUGGUCCUUUAAUUAAGACAAUCAUGACACGUUGCAUACACUGCACACGGUGUAUUCGUUUUGCCUCAGAAGUGGCUGGCGUGGAUGACUUUGGAACAACAGGGCGUGGUACAGACAUGCAGGUUGGCACAUAUGUAGAGAAAAUGUUCUUGUCAGAGCUUUCUGGAAAUAUUAUAGACCUCUGUCCGGUUGGAGCUUUGACAUCAAAACCAUACAGUUUUGCAGCUAGGCCUUGGGAAACUAGAAGAAUUGAUUCAGUGGAUGUUCUAGACCCACUGGGUAGUAACAUCGUAGUUGCGACACGAACCAACGAAGUGUUACGUAUUUUACCAAGGACCAAUGAGGAAAUUAAUGAGGAGUGGCUAUCAGACAAGUCAAGAUUUGCCUGCGAUGGCUUAAAGAGGCAAAGACUGGUAACCCCAAUGGUAGCGGACAGUCGUGGUAAUUUGACCCCUGUUGAAUGGGAAGAUGCUAUUGUAGCCGCUGCGCAAGCUAUGAGAGACUGCCCACCAAACAAGUUGGUUGCGAUAGCUGGUGAAUUGGCAGAUGCCGAGUCACUAGUGGCCCUGAAAGACUUGGUGAACAGAUUGGGCGGAGAGAACGUUUGUACGGAACAAUAUUUCCCCAUGGAGGGGUCUGGUACCGAUUUGCGCUCGUCCUAUCUCUUAAACACUAAGAUAGCCAAUGUGGAAGACGCAGACUUUGUGCUGCUUAUUGGAACAAACGUACGGUUCGAAGCACCGCUUCUGAACGCACGUAUACGUAAAGCGUUUAUACACAAGGAGACUGAUGUCGCAUACAUUGGCCCCAAAGUUGACCUUACUUAUGAAUACACGCAUGUCGGCGACUCAGCCUCUAUUGUCAAAGACUUCGCGACUGGUUCCUCAAAUCAUGAGGUACUAAAACGGCUGCAAUCCGCUAAAAGACCAGUGGUAAUUCUUGGAGCCGAUCAGCUGAAGACUUCUGAAGGACCAGCGCUUCUGGCCUUCACACAGGAACUUGCUUUACGGUUGCAAGAUAAGCUCGAAGAUAAGGAAUGGAAGGUCCUGAACGUUCUUCAAAGAACUGCAUCGCAAGUGGCAGCUUUGGACGUUGGUUACAAACCAGGUGUUGGAGCGAUUCUGCAAGAUGGACCAAAGGUUGUUUACCUACUGGGAGCUGAUGCAGGAGUCGUCACUCGGGAGGCUUUGCCUAAAGACUGUGUUGUUAUUUAUCAAGGCCAUCACGGUGACGCGGGUGCGUCGAUUGCGGACGUGGUAUUUCCGGGUGCAGCGUACACUGAGAAACGGGGAACGUACGUGAACGCCGAAGGACGGGCGCAGCAGACCCUGCCCGCUGUUACUCCGCCGGGCAAGGCUAGGGAGGACUGGAAAAUUUUACGGGCUCUUUCGGAGGUAUUGGGAGUGCGUCUGCCUUACGAUAACUUAGACGAAGUGCGUGAUAGGAUGGCUGAGAUAAGUCCGUCUCUCGUCGCGUAUGGAGAUGUCCAGAAUAACAAUUACUUUGCCCAGGCUAGAGUUUUGGCACAGAGUUUACAGAAACCGGUGUCUGGAAAAUUGGAUGUCCAGUUAAAGCAAUUAGAAGAUUUCUUCAUGACAGACGCAAUUAGUCGCGCCUCGCCCACUAUGGCCAAGUGCGUUCAGGCCGUACUUAAACAGAAACAAUCUCCAUACUAAAUCCAAACAUAGUAGACAUUUAUUCAUUCUACCAUAUGGAUACAAAAAAUCAGUAGUGAUACCAUAUUAUUAUAAUAUACCAAGUAUUUUACUACUAAUAUACUGUUAAAGAACUUUACUAUAACAAUUACGUCACCAAUAAGCUUUUCUAUAAACACAUAAAAUUAGUAUCACAUUGUAUUUCAAUUAUGUAGUAGAAUGAAUAAAGGCAAUCAACCAAAAUAUUGCUUGUAUAGUUCCAAUUUAUAUAUUAAAUCUAUAAUCAACUGAAUUUUUAUAUUUAGAUUUAUCGCCUUUCUGCAAUCAUUUUACCGAAGGAAUACUUCAGAAAAGAAAACCGUAUGAACAUUCCUUUAGCAUCAUUUGGCAGAUUAAUUUAUUACAUAAUUGUAAGCAUACAGUUUCAAUUUAUCGUAUUCAACUUAGAUGGGAAUGUGAGACAAGACGGAAUAAAUGAAUGUAAAGAAGUGUAAAUAUUUAUUAGUUAAAUAAAUCGUAGAAUAAUGAUUGUCGA